AUGGCUUUGAACAAUUCACAACUCUUCAUCAACAACGAAUUUCCAUUCAUUAGAAAUAUGAGUAAGAUAGCUGCAAAGAUAGCAUUUUAUAAUUUUGAAUGGCGAUAUGUUACUUUGGUUAUGUUUAACAAUAUUAAAUUGAUUGGCUUGGCGACGUUUUUAAGAAAUUACAACCAGUCAGUACAGCUGAAGCUGGGAGAAUUCAUACCUCAGCGUCGAUUCGGAUCAGUACAGCAAUUCGUGUUGUUUGCACAGGAGGCUUCAGAGAUAACUGGCAUGCUCAGAUGGCUUGCCAAGAACCAGUAUGACACAACAGGAAAAUAUAUUAUUAUGUGUUAUUCUAUAGAAAGUGAAAAUUGUGGUGAUAAAGAAAUUUUCGAAACACUGUCAAGUGUUUUUAUAGUAAAUGUGUUAUUAAUUAGAGGUUCCUUUGGAGACAAGGAGCCGACAGUAUCGUCAUAUUUUCUUGUGUUGCCAGAGAAAUGCUUGAAUAGCGAACCUGUACAGUUAAAUAUAAGUUUAAACUGUCACGACGAUUCUUGUUUUAAAUCAGCGUAUCCAGAAAAGUUUUCUAAUAUGUACAAGUGCCCUUUCAUUGUAUCAACCUUCGAGCAACAUCCAUUUAUGUAUUUAAGAAACAAUAGCCCUCCAGGAGGUAAAGACGGUGAUCUUUUGACUUUAGUGGUGGAUAUUUUGAAUGCUUCACUAGUCAUAAAAACGCCUACAGACGGCAGCGACUGGGGAGAAUUUGUUAACAACAACUGGACAGGGUCUCUCGGCGAAGUAUUCAAUGACGUAGCUCAUGCCGCAAUGUGCUCCGCUCCGUUGUCUCCUGAUAAAUACGCAAAUUUUCAAAUUUCUUUCACAUACAGUUCCAUGGAUAUAGUGUGGGCUGCGGACAUGCCCAACCUCAAGCCAGCCUGGGAAAAACUGUUAUACCCUUUGGGAAGCGACGUCAGAGUCCUAAUUUUUUUUAUAUUUGUUGGAAUUGUUUUUAUCAAUACAUUUACAAAGACACGUACUUGGAGAAAAGUUAUAAAAGUUUUAAAAAUAAGCCCGCCGAAGUCUAACUUGCUAUUUUAUUCUUGGGUUAUCUUCAUGGGAUUGCCUGUAAGUAAAACGCCCUCUAAACCCUCUCUACUAAUAUUGAUCGGUAUCUGGGUUUGGUUUUGUUUUGUUAUCAGAACAGUGUACCAGGCGGCGCUGAUAAGUAUUUUGAAACAGAAUAUUUAUGACGAACCAUUUUAUACAUUUCAAGAUAUUCUUGAUACUAAAAAGCCAUUUGGAGGAAUCGCUGUUUAUAAAGAAUACUAUUCGGACGAUAGUUUCAUAUACGACAAUUAUAUAGUCAUGAACCUAGCAGAAGGUCGCCAAGUUGUAGACAGUAUUUCAAAUGGAAGUUUGGACUUUGCUAUUGCCAUGAACAGAGAGACAGUCUAUUUUAGACUAAUAAAAUACAAAGGUACAAGACAUUUGCAAAUUAUACCGGAAAAGAUUGCAAAUAGCCCUACAGUUAUAUUUUUUAAGAAGUUUUCUCACUUAACUGCGCCUGUGAGUCGGAUCUUGAGUGCUUCUUUGGAAGGUGGAUUUAGUGAACGACUGUAUGCGCGUUUUUAUAGAAAGGGUAUUACAAUACUUCAGAAUUCGAAGGAACAGCGUAGGGAAGCGCUUCGGCUGCAACAUUUCAUGGGCAGUUUUUUUACUUUACUUGGCGGUUAUGUAGUCUCAGUUAUAUUUUUUGCUGUAGAAGUUAUAUGUGGAAGAAUUGUGAAUUCUCAACACUAG